AUCUCUUUGAAAACCCUGACUUCCUGGAAUCUCCUCAUCUCCCAUUGCCGAAAGCCCUAACUUCCAGUGGAAACGGGAGAAAUUAAGCAGCAGCCAUGAAGGUGUUCGAAAUCAAUGGGCACUCUCUCUGUCUCGCCCUCUUCACUGACGUCUCGAACUCCAAGGAACUCCUGGAUUCUAUGCAAGCUGGAACACUGGAGCCAGAAGUUGCAUUUCUUAAUGCAUCACUAAUUCCAGAUGUUUUCCCUGUUCUAGCAGCUGCUCAUAAAACACUUCUAGCCAAAUCACGGGAGUCACUGACCACACGCACUCUUCAUUCUGAGCUUGUUUACAAUUACUCAGGAUCUAAGCAUAUUACAGAAUCCCUUAAAAGAUGUGGUAUCUCUGACCGCUCAACAUAUGUCCUUGUUGCUCGGUUCAACACUUCUCUUGAUGAGAUGAAAGACAUAGACAAACUUAUCCAUGGAAAGGAAAUUGACUUGGAGGAGAUGGAAGGAAGGGCAGACCAAGCCCAGAUACACAAGCACUACAAAAUUACUGGCCCGGAACUAGGAAUAUCCUCACUUGCAGAUGCUAUUACAUGCCGGAUCGCUUCACGUGAUGCUUUGUGAGAAGCAAGAGUUACUUUUCUUGUUUUCCCCAUGUCCAUCUCUUGUCAUCCGCCAUUGUUUUCCUUCUCAGAGGAUGAUAUUCUAGGAUUUCAAUCUGCAACUCGAUGCAACACGGUGUUUGUAACGUUACAAAUGAAUGACUUAAACAUCUUUAUUACAGCAAAAACCAGAUCUAUUAUCUGCAGUCCUCCAUAUGAGGAUCAUGCCAAACUUUGAAGAAGGUAUUCGGCUAUAUGCUGCUAUGGAAAUACCGGUGUCGAUUUGCUAUUUUACUUAUAAAUUGCUCCCUGUUUGGCUCAAAGUUUUGAUCAGCAAGGAAGUUCUUAACAGAGUGUGGAGCUAUAAGAGCUCCCAAGAUAUUUGCCAGGAUGGGAAGCAUUAUCCAGAAAGGGCUUAGUCCUACCAUGUUAAUUAGACUGCUAAUUUCUGAAUUCGACACAUUUAAUGUGGACACGCCAUUAAAUGUGCAUGAUGCCAUGUUUGCUUUGUUCCUUGGAAGUUGGAAAUGAAAGGAAAUGGAGUGAUUUCUCUCUUGGA